AGAGAGGAGAACCACACAGACGAGAUGGCCGUUGUGGAGGACACACCGGUGAAAGUGGUCUUGGAGACUCAAGCAUCACUUGGGCCAGAUGAUAAAGUUGACUACUCCUCUCUUGGUAGCAACUCUAUCUAUACUGCCAUUCUAAGCAGAAAUGAUGCUGUCAAAGAUGCCAAGCGUCUCAAGACCUUUUUGGAACUGCGAGACAAAUAUGUACUCAAGAAGGUGUUGUUCGAAGAUCCCUUGUUCCCUGCAAAUGAUUCCUCUCUCUACUUCAAUCGUAGAUUCCCGAUGAAUUUUGAAUGGAAGCGUCCUUCGGAAAUAUGUGAGAAUCCCCAAUUUAUCAUCGAUGGAGCCAGUAGAACAGACAUCUGUCAAGGAAAACUGGGUGAUUGCUGGCUGCUGGCUGCCAUUGCCUGUCUUACCCUGAAUGAGAAGCUGUUGUACCGAGUUAUCCCUCCAGACCAGAGCUUUACAAAGAACUAUGCUGGCAUCUUCCAUUUCCAGUUUUGGCGCUAUGGCGAAUGGAUCGACGUGGUUGUGGAUGAUCGCAUCCCUACGUACAACAACCAGCUCGUGUUUACCAAAUCCUUCAGAGACAAUGAGUUCUGGAGCGCCCUCUUGGAAAAAGCUUACGCCAAGUUGCACGGCUCCUACGAGGCGCUGAAAGGCGGUAACACCCUGGAGGCCAUGGAGGACUUCACGGGGGGCGUGACAGAGUUCUUUGAUAUACCGGAGGCGCCCAAAGAGCUGUACAAGAUCAUGAAGAAAGCCCUGGAGAGAGGCUCGCUGAUGGGCUGUUCCAUAGAUGUCACGUCAAUCAGCGAGCUGGAGAGUCGCACUGAACAGGGGCUCGUCAGAGGCCAUGCCUACUCCAUCAUCGCUCUGGAGGAGUGUGACGUGGUUACAAAGGACACCAAGAUUCGCCUGAUCCGCAUGCGCAAUCCCUGGGGCUGGGUGCUGUGGAAGGGACCGUGGAGUCCAAAUUCACAAGAGUGGUCCGUCCUCUCCAUUGCCGAUAAGGACAACUUAAAAAAACAGACGGUUGAGCAAAGUGAGUUCUGGAUGUCCUUCGAUGAUUUCAGGAAGAACUUCACCAAGCUGGAGAUCUGUAAUCUCACUCCCGACACGCUGCAGGGUGAUGAGAGGCACAGCUGGACCGUGGCUGUCAACGAAGGCCGCUGGGUACGAGGCAGUUCGGCUGGAGGCUGUAGGAACUUCCCAGACACAUUCUGGACCAACCCUCAGUACCGAUUGCGUUUGUACGAAGAGGACGACGACCCUGAGGACGAGCAGGUGGCGUGUACCAUGGUGGUGGCUUUGAUGCAGAAAGGUCGUCGGAGGGACCGCAGUAAGGGCGCCACUCUCUUUACCAUCGGAUUUUCCAUCUACGAGGUGCCGCAGGAGAUGCGUGGACGCAACCAACACCUGCAGAAGGACUUUUUCCUGUACACUGCCUCCAAGGCCAAAUGCAAGGCCUACGUCAACCUCCGCGAGGUAACGGCGCGAUUCCGUUUGCCUCCGGGAGAGUACAUCAUCAUCCCCUCGACCUUUGAACCCCAUCAGGAGGGCGAGUUCAUUCUCAGGGUCUUUUCUGAGAAGAGGAGCACCUCGGAGGAAGCCGAGACCACGAUCGGAUCUGACCAAAUACAGCAAAGCAAGAAAACCGAAAAGCCUAUUGUGUUUGUGUCAGACAGAGCACGGGCCAACAAGGAGAUCCAACAUGACGGCAUUCAGGGAGAAAAGAAGAAACGAAAGACAAAACUCCUCCAGACUCCGGAGGAAACCUCGGAGGACAAACAGUUUAGAGCCAUUUAUGAACAGAUUGCCGGUGAGGACAUGCAGAUCUGCGCCAAUGAGCUGAAGGUGGUCAUGAAGAGGGUACUUGACAAACAUAAUGAAAUAAAGACGGAGGGUUUCAGCCUCGAGACGUGUCGAAGUAUGAUUGCUUUGAUGGAUACUGACGGCACAGGAAAGCUCAACCUGCAAGAGUUCAAACAUGUGUGGGGCAAGAUCAAACAGUGGCAGCUCAUCUUCAAAAGCUACGACCAAGACAAGUCGUGCAGCAUCAGCAGCUUUGAGAUGAGGAACGCCGUUAAUGACGCAGGGUUUCACCUCAACAACCAGUUAUACAACAUCAUAGCCAUGCGCUACGCCGACGAACACCUCAACAUAGACUUCGACAGCUUCAUCUGCUGCUUCGUGAGGCUGGAGGGCAUGUUCAGGGCAUUUAAUGCCUUUGACAAAGACGGAGACGGCAUCAUCAAGCUCAACGUCUUAGAGUGGCUCCAGCUGACGAUGUAUUCGUAGCCUGCUGACGGUCCCGGUCCACCCUGCAAGCCUUGUGUGCGAGUGCCAAAUUUAAAAAAGUGUCUCAUACACAAACACUUACUCCAGAUUGGUGCAAAAGAUGUGACUUACGUAGAAGUUCCUCCUGAUAAUAAAACAAAAGCGGUUAGGGGAUUUUUGUUUUCAUUUAAUUUCUGUAAUAUACAACCAUUUAGAAGAGUUUUUAUCAUAACCCAGGAGGCGAAUGCUGCAGAUUUAAUGCUACUGUAUGGUUGGUUUGAUAAGUCAGUUUUUAGAUUUUUUUUUUCCUUAAAGACAAUGCUGAUCAUUUACAUCCAACUGGGAUCCACAGCGCCAAAGACUUGGAAACCAUCAAUAAAAAAAGGCUUUCUAAAAAUUGUUCUCGUCCUGGACUGUACGGCACUGAGAAGAGCAGCGUUAU